CCCUCCGUGCCAACAUGCUGGCAUCUGCAUCCGAAACAACACCUGCUUCUGCUCUCGCGGCUAUGAGGGAGAGACCUGCCAGUAUGCUAACUGCUAUCCCAAAUGUAAGAAUGGAGGAGAGUGCCUUCGCCCUGGGAAAUGCAGAUGUCCUUCUGGAUUUGGAGGAAAAUAUUGUCAUAAAGUGAAAUGUGAUAGUGGAUGCUGGAAUGGUGGCGACUGCAUCGCUGUGAACGGAGUGGCCAAGUGCAUCUGUCCCUCCAGCUGGACCGGCUCCAAAUGCCAAGAGGCGAUCUGUCCCCAGGGGUGCAGGAACGGGGGCAGCUGUGUGGCCCCAGGAAUCUGCAGCUGUCCAGAGGGCUGGCUGGGUGGAGCCUGCCACACUGCUGUGUGUCACCAGCCCUGUCUGAAUGGAGGCAAGUGUGUGUCUCCCGAUACGUGCCGCUGUCGCCCUCCUUACUCCGGACCACGCUGUGAGGAGAGGAAGAAGGUGUUUUAACCCUAUAGGGGGUCAGAGGUCAAAGAGGACCAGUCAGAGGCCAUGUACAACCGUAUUCAUUCCAAAUCCGGUGCUUUAGAUAUUGUCUCUCAGCCUUUUGUAAAUGUUUUUUUAAAGAACCACAGAUUUUUGUGUUAACGAUAACAUUUGACUGUUAACUUAAUAUCUACUAUACAAUUUUGUGUUUGUGCUAUAUAAUGAAUAAAAUGUGGAUACAAGGUU